UCUCUCUCUUCUCUCUUCCCCUCUCGUUUCGUUAACGGCACAACAAUAGUAGCAAGAGCAUUUUUUUUCAAUGUGCAUGUGCGUGUGCUUGACGACAAUGGCGAAUAGAGAGAGUACAUCAAUGCAGAUGAUUUCAAUAGUUGUUUGUUAACCCAAAUUCUUCAUAGUGUGAGUCAAAUGGUUUUUUUUUUUCAACAUUUAAAAUGUCUGUGGUUGUGAUUUCAAUGGCUGAUGAUCGAAAUUGUGCAUAGAAAGAGAGAGAGAUUCAAAAUAAGAGUUGUUAUUGUUGAUUAUUAUUAAUCAGCAUGUCUGAUUUGGUGGCCCGCACCGGUCGGCAUCAGCAGCGCUACGAGGACGGUUGUCGUCUUGUUUCUGGGUGCAUUCCAUACAAGUAUAGGGAUUCCGAUGAACGUAGUGAUGCCAGCUCAGAGAGGAUUCUUGAGGUGCUUAUGAUCAACUCGCCUAGUGGACCAGGUCUUUUGUUUCCAAAGGGAGGCUGGGAGAAUGAUGAAACUGUUGAGGAGGCAGCAGAAAGAGAAGCUGUUGAAGAAGCUGGAGUUCGAGGGGACUUGAUGGGGUUCCUGGGAGAAUUUGACUUCAGGAGCAAAACACACCAAGAUGAGUUUAGUCCAGAAGGUCUAUGUAGAGCUUCGAUGUUUGCUUUGCUUGUGAAGGAGGAGCUUGAGUCAUGGCCGGAGCAGAGCACCCGAAGUAGAAAAUGGCUAACCAUAUCUGAAGCAGCCAAGAACUGCAGGCAUGCAUGGAUGAGGAAUGCUCUGUUACAAUUCAGCAAGUGGCAUGAUGAAAAAAUGAUGAAUACAGGUGAAGAAGACUGCUCAAAUCAAGAUUGAUUUGGUAAGCAUGCACAGGUAACAAUUUCACAAGCUAGCAUCUCUGCUGGGAUCAUUUUUUUUUUUCUUGCAAACAGAUCGGUAUUAACAACAUUUAUGUUUUUUAUGUUUGGUCUAAUUCCGUGAAUAUUCACUGGUUCUAGUUCAAUUUUGUAUGUUACCAGUCUUUUUUCUUUUCUUUUUCCUACUGUCCUCUCUUAUGUAAUUUAAUUUGAGAGGAGAAAGCAUAUACCAGAUUCCUUAUAUGGUUAGAUGAUUUUUUUUGUUUUGUUUUGUUUUUCCCUCAUUCUGAAGAAAGGAAUGGGACCUUUUAUGAAUUUGACCACUCAAGAUCUUUGCAUA